AUGAAGAAGGACCAGACUCAGUGGGUUAGCGAGGAGUGGGGGAUUGCAAGUCGCGGCGGCGAUGGCCUCGAUUCGAGCCCCCGUGGGGACCUCUUGGCGCCGGCGGCGGGGCCCAUGGUAUGCACCUGCAUCACCAACUACCAACCAUUUACAACACCGUUCGCUUCGAUGACGGACCACCACUCGACUAUUUAUGGAACGAGCUGGUCUACUAGACCUGGGAUCUCUGGAUAUCCGUCGAAUUUACCCGCCUUUCCACUCUCUAUCCAACGACCAGACAUGUCUGUCAAAACAAUGAGAUUCCGCAAAGUCCAGACCUCGGAGGCCGUCAAAGUCGCCGCGACCAUCCAAGCCUGCACUAAAUGCGAAAAGCGCGGAACCACCGCUCCCCCCUUCAAGCGCUGCGCCAAAUGCAGCAUGGCCUGGUACUGCUCGCGCCACUGCCAAACAGCCGACUGGAAAACGCACAAGAAAGUCUGCGGCCGCAACUCCGCCGAACGAUUGAACCCGUUCAUCCGUCCGAGGAAUCUUCUAGCCGUCAUCGAGAACCCGUACCACAAGCUCCAGAGUAAAACCUGGUUGCACGAUCGCCCGUACGAUGACGUCUACAAGCUGCUGAUUGACACUUACCGUCUGCGCAUGUACAACCAGUGGGCUCUGCAGGGUCACGCCGACGAAGACAGCAUCUACGCCUCGGGAGUGAGCGACGGGUAUGCCGGCUUCAGCCGAUUUCUACGGCUUGUAGAGCGACGGUACGGGCUGCUGCCUGAUGACUGGUCGUAUUCCGAUGUCGUGGACUGCGUGAACUACGGCUUGCGGAAUGAAUGGAGCGAUCUCAACGGGAAGGUCAACGAGACGAGUAUCUUUGCGUACUACGGGAGCCAGUCCGUUGUGGCGGAAUUGAAGAUAUUCGCGUGGCAGAUCUAUGGCUGGGAUGUCACUGGUUCUUUGACACCUCAUACGUUGAAAGCACUGGUUGAGGCGGAGGGGCGAGGCUCCUUUAGAUGA